AUGGUGAACUACAUGUUGUAUAUCAGCGGGGAGCUCGAAAAUCUCACAAACUUUCAGCCUCGAGGCAGUGUUGAUGAUCCUGACUUCACCUACUACUUCAAGUUUAAGUGUGAAAACUGUGGUGAGGUGACUGAGAAAGAGACAUGCGUUAGCCUGAAUGGGACACUUCCUCUACCAAAAAAGGGUACCACCAAUCUUAUCCAAAAGUGUAAGUUCUGUAAAAGGGAAGGAACAGUGACCAUGAUCCCAGGCCGAGGCUCUCCACUUACUAAUGACUCCAGUGAGUUAGGGAAGUAUGCUCUUUUGAUGGUAUUCGACUGCAGGGGUUUUGAACCAUUGGAUUUCGUUCCUUUGAUGAUGUCUAGCCAAACUCGAAGAUCUGUAAGGAUCGCCAGUCCUAAUCCUGAUGAUAUAGAAAAUUCCCCUGUCAAUGCUCCUGCUAAUACUUCAGAGGAUUGA